AUGCGAAUAGGAAACAGGACCAGGUUUCACCAGUCAAGAACGCCAGGACAGGGGUUUCACCAGUCAGAACACCAGGACGGGUUUCACCAGUCAGGAACACAGGACCAGGGUUUCCACCAGUCAGGAACACCAGGACCAGGGUUUCCACCAGUCAGGAACACCAGGACAGGGUUUCCACCAGUCAGGAACACCAGGACCAGGGUUUCACCAGUCAGGAACACCAGGACACCAGGACCAGGGUUUCCACCAGUCAGGAACACCAGGACCAGGGUUUCCACCGUCCAGGAACACCAGGACCAGGGUUUCACCAGUCAGGAACACCAGGACAGGGGUUUCCACCAGUCAGGAACACCAGGACCAGGGUUUCCACCGGUCCAGAACACCAGGACCAGGGUUUCCACCAGUCAGGAACACCCACUCACCUUGCAGGUCCCGCCACUCAGCCAGAUUCCGUCAAUUGACUUCCUCUGUGCUGGGUGGCCGCCGCCCGCCCUGGUGACCUCCAGCAGGAAAUUAACUAAUUAA